UCUGGCGAUUUUCCAUUUUGCGACUUGGCAACUCUAUGCCAAAAGGUAAACAAAAUCCUCGUGUUGUGCGAAACAGUUUGUUUUCCGCAUUGUGUUAAAAAUAAAUAAUAAUAGCAUGGAAAGUGUUAAUAUUGCAAAAUAUUUGUUAGCUUUAGAAAGUUUAAAAUUCGUUGAAGAUGAAGGCGGUAAUGAUAAAACGAAAAAAGUGGAAAUCUCUGACGAUGAGCACCGUUUGGAAUACAACAUUACAAUAUUGCAGAAGUUUAUGGCAGACAAAAACACAAGUUCUUUAAUUAAAAAAAGUGUGAGUAUACUUAACGCUUCCUGGUUGGAAACUGAACAGCUUUCACAUCCCAUCAGUGUUGCUGAGGAUGAUAAAGAGUUAGUUUAUGUUGUUUAUAUGCAAUGUCUUCUGCUGGAAAUUGUAAAAAAUGUAAAUUUCAAUAGUGAGGCCAAAGAAGAUCUUGUAUCGACACGUCAUAUCAGCCUCUGUAUUGAAGCAGUGCAGGAUUUGGCCAAAUAUGCGUUACAUAGACAGCUGCAUGCCACAUUCUAUGAAAUAAGUGUCUUUACAAAUGAACGCAAGUCGCACGGUUGCCAUUGUGAUUUCCCAUUAUUGUUAUUGUCCACUGAGGUAUUUGAGCAACUCAUUAAAAUUAAACCCUUUCACAUGGCCCAUGCGUUGGAGACAGUUAUGCGUGAUUACAUUGCGGCUAUAUUCAGUCUACGUUUAGCAAGUGUGACGCAAGAAUUCACGCUACAGGAGCAAACUCUUAAAGCAUUACAAAAUAAAUUAAAUUACAUAUGGUUGUAUGUGAGUAAGUUGGAAUUUCUAAGAACUAUUAUGUUACUGAAGGGUAUACGACGUGCACCGGCUGCUUUACAAAAGCAAUUACACCACGAACUCUUACAGAAAUUACUUUCUAAAGAUGGCUUUACAACAUUAGUAGCUACGCUGCAUACAGCGCAGUCUACAAACGCUAGUGGCAGCAGCGCGAAGCGAGCGAUGCUUAGUGAUAAACAAGUUUUCGAGAUUAUCGCGAACAUUGUCGCCUUUCGUGGACACACGCAACGCGCUCAAAACACAUUGAUAAGGCAAAUAUACCAAUUUCUUAAUACUUGUUUACUAAACGAAAAUGCGAUGAUAGACUGUAUGGGCGCCGGACUGUUAUCACUACGACGACUUUACGACUUAAAUGAGGUAAACAAGUUGCAGAUAAGUGAUAUAAUUGCAAACAACUUCACUAAAUUUAGCCAACCAGCGGACGUGCUAAACGGUUUAAUAGUGAUGGAACAUAAAGAGCUUUCAUUACUUAUUGCCCUAACAUAUCAGCUCUUCUGCAGUUCAACGGUAGAGUGUUUACCCACUGAACUAUUGACACCUUAUCUGCCACUAAUAUUACAAAUGUAUCAUCACAUGCCCCAUGGAUUUUUACAAAAGCAACAGCUAGCAAGCAUUGUAACGCGCUGUCUACACAAUUGUACGCCGGAUGAACUGCUGCAAGUAGUUGUAAAAUUAUAUAAGCAAACAUUCGAUGACAACUGGCAGCAGCUACAUGCGCGCGUUAUCAUCUAUCCCAAUGUGGAACAAACGCAGCUUACCGUAAAAAUAGCCAGCAGCGAAAUGAAACAAGAGUUCAGUCCCUCUUUGGCUGUGCCAGAGCUUUUAAUGAACAGCAAUCACAACAUACUCACCUACCGCAUAUUUAUGAUACUCCUACAAGAAAUGUCCAAUAUUUUGGAUGACGUUGCGUACGGACAGCAUGAAGCACAAAUUGAGUUGUUGCAAACCGAAGAUGAGUUAAUUACCUUCCUCAACUCCAAAUACCCAGUUAAAGUGGAAAUUUUACUCUCACUCAACACGUUAAUCUCACAUCAGCCACUUAAGUCGCAAAUCUCGGAAAAUAUUGCAGAUUUCCUACGUUUCUUACGCACACUACUGCAAAAACGUUUGAACACACGUAAUAUGACCGCAGGAAGUGCGCAACAAACCGAAGCUAUGGAUCAAAUUUUACUUAUACUCUUAACCUUAACGCAAGAGUUACUCGAACAAACCGAAAUGCACCAGGAAACAUAUCGUGAACUUUUACCCGCGCUACAAAAACUACAAACGCAAACACCCAAUCAGUUAAUUAAAGCACGUAUUAAGUGUCUACACACACUGCUAAAUGGUGAAUUCAAGGCAAAUGCGGCACAGCAAACGAGCGCCUUCAAUACAGCGCGUGGGCUUGUCGAGUCGCAGGAGUCACAUUUGCAGGUCUAUGGCAUACAAAUGUUGCUCGAAUUGCUGCGGCAACGCGACAGUGUAACGCUCGCCAAUACACACUUGCUAAUUGCGUUGGCGUUGAGUACGCUCAAAAAUCGCGAAUCUUACACGUUUCUGAAUUGUGUGCGCUUGUUUGUGGGUUUAGUGCAUGUUAUGGAGACGGAAGUGUUGGAAACAUUAGCCGAUGAAUAUCUCAAUGAGCAGACGAGCAUCGACUAUCGUUUGGUAGUGGGUGAAGCGAUGCUUAAAGUGGCGCAGGAAUUGGGUCCACUUUGCUAUAAAUACAAGGAUACGCUGCUGAACUGUUUUAUGCAUGGCGCGCGCAGUGCACUCAACGAGUUUCGUAUGUCUGCAUUCUCCAACCUUGCUCAGUUGGCACGCAUACUUUGCUAUCAAGUGCAACAUUUUUUCCAAGAGCUGCUCAAUCUCAUCGAUUACGAGCUCAGCACUGGCAAAUAUCUGCCUGCCAAGCGUGCUGCCACUUUGGUGUUAUGUGAACUUUUGGCGGACAUCGACAACUUAUUGGACUUCGAGCAGAUGUUGCUGCCAAUUUAUCGUGUACUGCGAACAAUCGAAGCCGAUGAAGAUGCGGAUGCGAAAAUGCGUCAACAUGCGGCAAAUGGUUUGAGUACUCUGGCGACAAAAUGCAAAAAGUUUUUGUUUCCCGAGGCGCAACUACAAAAGGAGAUACGCAUAUUUGGCAUCAAUGAACCAACAACAACAAGGAGUGGUAAUACAAAAAGUCAUAUUUUAGAAUUAAACUAGCGUAUUUUUCGCACUUAGUUAUUUUUAGUAUUAUUUAUUAAUUUAUUGUUAUUGUCACUCGUUGGUGUUUAGCAAACUAAAAUACAUACAUAUAUGCUGCAUGGCAAACAGCAAACAUUUAAAUGCGCUGCAAUUUACUAAUUACUAAUAUACACAAAUCGUAUAUGGACAGACAUUUGCGGCACCGUUAUUUUUACAUAUAUGUGCAAAAAGUUGUCAAAAAAUGUUUUUUUUUUUUAACAAGGGGCCACAAGUACACAACAGGAACACA